AUGCUGUACUUUGAGGUGAAGUGGUGUAUAAGCGCGAACGCCUCCCAUCUCCGAGGGGUGGACGUGGAGCAGCGCAAGUGCGUUGCAUACAGUUUUGAUAUCGCGAGUUCAAUCCUCGCAGCGGCCAUUUUUAAUUUUUCAAGAUAGCUUUUCUUUUCAAACUUGUGGUUUUAUACUGUUUUAAUAACUAAUUAUGACUUUGAAAACCGAACUAAACUACUAAGAAAUUUAAAUCCGAUAUGAAAAACAAAAUGAACGACCAAACAGUGUAAAAAUCUAAACUUUCAGUACUAAAUUUCGAGACUUUUUCACUACUGUUUUGACUAUAACUCCUCAACCUUUUUCGAAAACUAAAUUGUUUUUGAAUAGUAAAAUUAGAGCAGCUACCAACCUUAUUAAUAUUGAAGUUCGAACAAUUUUUGAAAAAUUCGUCUGCAGGUCCCUAGCUACGCAUCAAAUUAGCUUCUCGGAUAACCAGUUGCAAGAGCUUUGCACUUCAAUACAGACUAGUUUGCAUACAAUGCAGAAGUUUGCAGUUUGCAACGAGAAACACACUGAGUUGCAACCAAACAAGCUCAAUUGCAACUAGGUUGCAAUUUUUGGCUGGAAAAGGGUCUUGCAAGUGGUUUGCAAUUCUGCAAUUGAGUUGCAAACUAGUUGCAGGAACUUGAAACCUAAUCGCCCGACCUUUUUUCGAGUUGCAAAACAAGUUGUUCGCAGAUUGUUUGCAGAUUUAUGAAAGAUAGACAAUCACAUCAACACUUCUGAUUAUAUGAAUGUGUGCUCUACUGAGCUUUUUGAUCGUGAUUAUAAGAGUUUUUGAAAGUCAUUUUUCGAGAAUCUUUGGACUUUAUAUGAAAACCGGAAAAGCAGCUAGGAAGAGGCAAAGAAAAACUGGCUCGGUCUCGGCCCAAAAGCUCAAAUUUUUCGCUCCACGAGAAAAGUGUUUUUCGGUUGUUUUUCUCAUAGAGUUAUUAGAAACUGAUUCAACAAGUCGAAACUAUUUUCGGUAAAAUUUCUUUUUCAAAUGAAAUUCAAAAAUCGAGCUGUGCUCUCUCGAGCCCGCGCUCGGGCCAGGACGGAAUUUUGUUAUCUCGGAACUUUGUUAUUUUUCAGUGCUCACCUAACCUUAAGAAUCUGCUGAAUAUCUGGUUAUGCACUCAGUUCAUGUCGAGUUUCAAAUAAAUGGGUAACUUGGAGAAUACAUUUUCACAAACAACGACAACAUAUUUGCAGCUAAGCUGCAUUGAGAAAAACAGUUAAUUGCAACUGAUUUGCAACAGCGAACUUUCUGCAAGCAAGUGAAUUGCAAUUUGCAAUGUAGUCACUUACAACAGCUGCAAACUAGUGGGUUUUUAGUUGAAAAGUUUUUGCAACUGGUUAUCCGAGUUUGAACGCAGCAUUAGAAACGCCGUGUUUUUAAGUUGCUUCUAGCAUAGCCAUGAGUCAAAAAAUUUCUAACGCAAGCGUAAUUAUUCGAAAAGAUAUGAUACGUGUGUGCAAGUAACUUUCCUCAUUCCUUUGCCACGAUGGACAAAGAAGCGCUUCCGGCAGUCUCUUCGUCGUCGAGGAGAACCCAAAUCUCCAAAAGAAGCUUGAAGUCGGACAGAGCUCCAUCGAGCUUGAAGAAGCCAACUCACAGCCUCGAAAAAUCAGGUCGAGGUAAUAAAACAAAUCGAUUUGCAGCAGCGCAACCCGCGGCUCUCCUCCGGCAAGAAACAACGGUCGGUUAAAAUAAAUAAUACAAAUUUACAAAGGUUUUCAGAAGCAAGUCCUAUAAACUUAGCCGCAUUUAUAUUGGAAACGAUGCCAUGUUCGAAGCAACGGAACGAGGAAGGCUGUUCUGGCUACUUCAUGAUCGUCUUUCAGGUCUAAAUUUUCAUGAAGAUCAAGAUUUCUAUUCGCUCGUUCCUCAGGAUUUAUCUUUGGAGUUGUUUUCCUGUUUUACGUCUACACCAUUUUACGCCACCGGGCACUUUUUCUCCAGAAACGGAUUCUACCUGAAGCAGCUCUUUUGCUAACGUAUUAACCAUCCAAAGUGACUAUGAUCAUCCACUUUUAGUUCAUCCUUCUGUGGCUGUUUUGUCGUCGCUGUUGAGCAGGGAGUUUUCCGCACGUCUUCUGAUCGUUCUUCUUUACUUCUUCUUCAUUUUCAUCAACAUGUUCAUUUUGGUAGACGGCAUCGACGAAGCCUAUCGAAUUAUGUAAGCGUGAAUGAUUCUGUGAAAAAUUGUGCGCUUCCGCAUUGAAAAACCUCCUAGUGUCGGCGAUAUUCUCAAGAAAAAUGUUUUGAAUGAUUCUGUGAAAAGUUGCAAAAGAAAAUCAAAAGCUUUUAAGAGAAGCGUCGAACGAGUUGAAAAUUGAAGGGACAGGGCCAAAUGUUGAUCACGUUCUUUUGUUCUGACGUCCUACGCAUUUCUUAUUUUUGCUGCUAUUGUGAGAAUUUAUAUUUUUGUAGAUUUUCUACGCCACUAUUAUUUUUUAGAUUGACUUUCCUGUACGACACUACGUUAUAAGAAAAAUCUCAUUGAACAUUUUUAGGACCAUGCCGGCAACUCUGAUGCAGACGAAGACAAGGUCGAGAAAAAUGAUCUUUGAAACGACCUCUCACAGAAAGGUUUUUAGAUUUCAAAAAUAAGUUAGAACUUUCUCUGUGUUUUGUUUUUAACAGUAUUGUUGAAAGUAACCAGUAUGGUUGAAAAAUGUGAGCUACAAAGAGAAUACUAAGCGAGCUACUAAACCCCGCUAAUGUUUAAAUAGGAUGUUUACAGAAAAAGUUCUUGGAAUGGUGGCAAACUUGACGCGAGCUGCUUCAAACGAAAUCAACAAAGCGUUGGUUUCCUAAUCAUUUUAGAAGAAUUCGUUUUUCUUUUUGAGCGUAUAUCUUAUUAUUAAUUAGAAAAACUCUGAUGUCUUCGCGCGCUCUCUAUUCCUCGGCAAAGCUUCCGUGUUGAUUGUUCGAGGGAGUAGAUGACGCAUGAAUAGGUCUUGUUCAAUUUGGGAUAAAUAUAAUAGAGCUGUAAAAAUCGAUGUAACACUAAGAAUUGUUCGCAAUGAAAACAUUUUUAGACGCGUCGGUAUCCGUCGUCGAUGAAGCAGGAAAGCCGUUGAAAUUCGCUGAGGGAUCUAAGAUUCGCACGGUGAGCAUUUCAUCAAAUUUUUCAUUGAACAUUGUUUUCAUUUCAAAAAUUACAGGACGUGAAAGAGCCGCGGAAUGGGCGCCACAAUGGGCCGCGGCUGGCGCGAAGUCGUUUUUCAAUAGCGAUGUCGAGUGCUCGGCGAGUGUUUUCUUUUUCAAUUCUUGGAUAGCCGCCAACAAAUAGCUCACAAGCGAAUUUCAUCUUAUAGAUAAGGGAUCUUUCAUCAACAAAAAUACCCUUUCUAAAAACAGGUCAAAGUCUUAAUCUCUAAUCUGUUUCAAUAACUGAUCUGUCUUUCAGACUGUUGUUUCGACUCCUGGCACAGAAGAAAGGGUUGCCGCUCUUCCCCAGCGUUCCCCCAAAGACUCUUCGACUAAAAGAAGCUUGGACGAGGAGGUUUUUUAUUUCUAGUAAAAUGAUGAAAUGAUAAUCUUUUCAGUUGUCCUCCAAUGGCUUUUGCUACAACAGCUGCUUUAAGGUAGGUUCCGGUAAAAGUUUGUGAUUUCUGAGAAAAUCAUCUUUUUCAGGCCUAAUAACUGAGCUCCCUCGCGUUGCCCUCUGA